GCCCUAGUUAUCUUUCGAAUUUGCCCUCGCCCUAGGAUGAGCGCUUACGAGAAGGUACGCCAAGAGCGCAUUCGAGCAAACAAUGCGCGCCUUGCCGAGCUAGGGCUGCGCGAUCUGGCCAGGGAUAUCGCCUCUCAAGCGCAGGCUCCAGCUCGAGAAGCGAAGCCGGCGAAGCCGAGCACAUCGGCUGGGCCGGUAAGAAGGUCGGAUAGAUUGCGGGCCAUCAAGAGCAACAAGAAUGAGGAGGUCUCUGAUGAGAGUGACGAGGAGAUGAUUGUCACACGGGAGAUUCGUGACGAGGAGGAGGAUUACGUUCCCCCAGCUGAUGAAGAGCAUGUUUCCGAGGACAGCAGUGAUGAUGAGCAUAUGAGUGAGGACGAAGAGUCUAAUCAACCAAAGACCGAAGAGCUUGUGAAUUCCCAUUUGGAUUUCAAGCAGGACGAGGACUUCGAUCUUCAAGAGGCUAUUGCUCUGUCUCUUGAGGAGGUACAUGACGGAAGCUUAAUCGACAGUAGAACUAAAGCUGUGAAGAAGUCAGUAAAAGAAGAUUCAAAGCGCAGGAAAAAACCGGCUGCAAGAGGCUCGUUUCACCUGUCCACAAAGGAUAUCGACAUUCUUUAUCACGCAAUCGUUCAAGGUAGAAGGGGCCUUUCGCUGCGAGAAUUGCAACAAGCAGCGUCUGCACAUAACUUCACUUGGACAAAGCAGGAACUGCAAGACAUGAUUAGAAUUUUUGACACCGACCAAGAUGGCAUGCUCAAUCUUGACGAGUUUCUAAACAUGUCGACGCGUUGCCAUAUUCUCGAAGAUUGACAUGCGAAGCGGCGAAUUAAUAGAGACCUACGCCGCCAAGACAUAGUCUCACGGGUGUGAAUGGGUCUUCCGCUAGUACAGCGGCCUACAGUGGACAUGCAUGAAUGGAACUGGGAAGUGGCUCUCUGGCAGUAACAGACGGUUGCUUUUUGGUCACAAGAAUCAUAAUGGGAUAUUUGCUACGCGUAAAUACUGGCACGCAGUCUGGAAGUCAUUGCAGCACCAUUCCUUUUUUCGCUGUUGCUUGAGCCAGGCUUUCAGGAAUUUUUAUCUACAUUCGCUCGGCCGGGCCGGGGUUUACACA